AUGAUGAUGUGUGAGAGCGAUAACGAAAGUGAGAACAAUUCGUCGGCUCACAUUUCUGUUUUUGAGCAACGCGCAUACAUUAAAAUCGAAACGAUUCGUGGUAAAACAGUGCCUGAAAUUCAUGCCGCGUUAAAUGAAGUGUGUGGAACGGAUACUGUGGAUCGUAGUACGGUGCAAAGAUGGCAUCAGCGAUUCCGUGAUGGUCGUAUAAGUAUUGAUAACAACCCUCGCUCUGGCCGACCCUCUACGGUUACUCAAGACAACACUAACGCGGCUAUUCUCGCAACUCUACUCGAUGAAGACCGACGANAUUUAAGUCCCCCGGACUUUGAUUUAUUUCCAAAACUGAAGGAACCACUUAGAGGGAUCCGUUUUCCCAACUUAGAUAUACUAAAUGAAGAAGUGAGCCGAAGGAUCCGUGAACUCAACAAAGAUGGCGUCCUAUGCGGCAUUCAAGCGCUCCCGAAACGAUGGCAAUCGUGUAUAGACAAGCAGGGAGAUUAUAUCGAAGGUCUAUAA